ACGGCAAUAUGAAAUCUUUUUAAGUAAACGCGGUUUGAUUUUAAAGCGGGUCACAGGGAACCUUCCGUCACCAAAAGCGAUCGUAUUCGUUAUCAGUUACGGGAUAGAAAAUGACAUUUUUAAAAUUCAUAGCCAGUCGAGCAUGAUGUCAGAUGGCCGAUCGCGAAAUGAAGAGUGUCUAUACGAUGGCAAAACCACAUUAGCCUCGGGCUGAAACAACCAGAAUGGUGGGUAAUUGAAGACAAAGAAGAGGAUUAUGGACGCAAACGAUGAAGGUUUCCCGCAACAUGCCACCAAUUCGCUAUCAAAAGAUAGCGGGGUUUCCCCAUCUAGCAAAACAGCGGGAAACUUCAUCGAUGGUGAAGCUUCGUCGAACAAGAAUUUUUCAACAGACUCACCUUCCCUUAGCGGUAUUUUACAGCGUUUAUUAGGUUGUUUGAAGCCUGUAUGGACGAUAUUAGGCAAGGCAACUAAAGAACAGAAGACCGAUAUCUGGAUUAUACCGUUUGACGAAAUUAGUGAGUUAGAAUGGUUAGGUUCGGGUGCCCAGGGGGCCGUUUUUCUUGGACAGUAUGGCGGUCAACAAGUUGCCGUAAAAAAAGUUCGUCGCGAGGCUGACACUGAUAUCAAACAUUUGAGAAACAUAAAUCACCCCAACAUUGUGAAAUUCAGGUAGGAAUUUUUGUAUUAAAUGUUAUUAUCAAUUGGCUUGCUCUGAAUUUUUGCGAUAACUGUUCUAGUUUAUCAAUCUGUUUUUUUUUUCAGUUUCUAAAUCGAAUAUAUCAUCUUAUGUUAGGAAUAAUAAAUAUCUUGUCCUGCAACAGAAAAUGUAUUUCUUUUUUUUGUUGUCAUGAAAUAUUAGUCCACUUAUUUUUUUUUCUGUCACUCAGUAGACUAUUGACUGUUGCUAUAUUUUUUGUCUUAAUUAUGCUUAUUAAUGAUGUAUAUAUCCUUGAUUUGGGUAAAAAUCACACACCUCUCCCCCUUCAGUUGUUAACAAGCAGGCUAACUCAAGUAAGGAGAACUCAAAGAAAUAUUCCCAACACCACUGAAAAAACAAUUUCCACAUAUUUUCCCAAAAAUAUUUUUACAAAUUGAUGGGAUUCCUGUGUAGAACUAUAAGCAAGAACAAACUGUCCAACAACCCUGAUCUCAUCAAGAUUCUCCUGAUUUUGCUUUAAAAUCCCGAAUCCCGACCAAUAUGCAAUUGGGAUAGUAAAAAUCCUGAUUUUGGCAUCUGUUUGGAUAUUUCAAAUUUAUUCUUAUGAUACUUACACAAAAACACCAAACAAAGUAUACAUUUUAGACAGAAAUUGUCCUCUCAGAACACUAGAAAUGACUUUUCAGAGCAUCAAGAUUUCAGAAUUUUCUGAAGGGGGCAUGCCUGAAGACUCUCUUAAAGACUCGUUUGUUCGGUGCUUGCGUGAUUAAUUUUCUGAGAUUAAAAACUAUCCUAAUUUUACAUACUCAAAAGUUUUGAUAGUCUGAAAAAUAUUAUUUUAAUGAAAACUGUUUAUUUAUAUUUAAUUAUAGAGGGAUAUGCAAUCAGGCUCCUGUGUACUGUAUCAUAAUGGAGUUCUGCCCUAAUGGCCAGCUGUAUGAAGUUUUACGCAAUGGUCGUCAAAUUUCUCCUUCCCUACUGGUUAGGUGGUCUACGCAGAUUGCAGAUGGCAUGCAUUACCUCCAUUCUCAGAAAAUUAUACACAGGGACUUAAAAUCGCCUAAGUGAGUACAGUACUGACUGUGGUGCAUAUUCUUGGCUAUUUAAUGGGCUGGUACACUGAUUGCCUGUAAAUCAAUUGGGUUUUUCAUUAAUGAAGUAAUGUAGAUCAUAACAACUUAGGUGUCAUAAUCUCCUUAAGUCUGGGAGGGAGCACCCUUUCAGUAGAGCUUUCCUUUCACUUGCUCAAUUUUGGCAUACUCGUGAAAGACUCUGCAUGAAUCGGGGAUGAUCUUUGUUGAUCUUUGUUUACUCUACUUUGUCUCUCUUCACCCAGGAGAGUAAAUGGGUACUGGUGAUAUACUGCUGGGGGUUAACCCUGCAAUGGACUAGCAUCCCAUCCAGGGGGGAGUAGCAAUACUCCCAGGCAUGCCUCAUCAUAAAGAAACUGGGAUAAGCUUUGAUCGUUGUGGCCUUCGGCUCUUGUGCACCUUUAACGUUUUUUUCCCUCGUCACAGUGUCCUGGUAGGUGCAGAUGAUAUGCUCAAGAUAUCGGACUUUGGCACAAGUAAAGAAUUUAGUGAUAAGAGUGCCAAGAUGACCUUUGCUGGGACAGUUGCAUGGAUGGCCCCUGAGGUGAUUCGAAAUGAACCCUGCUCUGAAAAGGUGGAUGUGUGGUAAGCGAUAUUUGUAAAAGUGGCAUUUUGUAAUUCGUUUACCUACAGAACACUUAGGAGUUUUUAAGAACUUGUUGAAAUGUCUCUGUGUGUUCUAAAUUGAAUUGGAAUUUGGAAGUGCUGGUUUCUAAGGAGAAAGGAAAACCAGAAAAAACCUUGUAGAGCAAGGGAGAGAACCAGCAACAGACUCAACUCAUAUAUACAGGCUUCAACGCUGGGGUUCAAACCCAGGUCACAUUGGUGGGAGGUGAGUGCUCUCACCGCUGUGCUACCCUUGCAUUCAGGCAUGCACAUUGUAAUGGGUUGAGUUUUGUAUUGCCUUUCCAUGCCAUAUUAUGGGAUUCCAGGUAAAGUGAGAGUUUAGGCUAUAAUCUCCUUCCCAGUGGUUGUUAGGGUCAUCACUCAACCCUCCUACCCUAAUAAUGGCUGUGAUUGACACUAGCUAAAGUAGGGUGAGGCAGAAAUUAACACAGGGGAGAGGGUGAUUUGUUUUGGCUGGGGAUUUAGCUGCUGUCCAUUUUAUCGAGGUGUCCAGUAUAGCGGGGUGUCCGCAAGGCCAAAGUUGACUGUAGUUGCCAGUCUUGCCCUCUACUAGGGUUGGUUAUGGGACAAAUUCAGUAACAACAUGUCAGCUUUCAUGCUUGUCAAUACCUGGCUUGCUGACUUGUGAAAUGAUCUCUCAAUAGUGCAUGUCAAACCAUGUUCUAACAAGAUACAACAAAUUCUUAUGCAGUAAAUUAGUCAAUAUUUUGAAAUUUCCAAGAUAUGUCUUGUCCAAAUGUGUAAAUGCUAGUAAUUUCAGUUUAUUAGUUUAUGAGGCUUAGGUAAUGUCUUUUUCUAUACAUUAUAGGUCAUUUGGAGUUCUUCUCUGGGAACUUCUUACUGGAGAGAUGCCUUACAGGGUGUGAAUUAGUGUAUUUUCAUUUUAAAUAACAGUAAUUAACAAUUAUUGUUGGUAUUGGUAUUACCAUGAACUUUUAUUUUGGCAGGGUUGUCACUAAGAUUUCAAGUUUCCGGGUAAAUACAACAAGUAGGCGGGGAAUCAAACGGCUACGGAUUUCUUUUGUUUCUAUUUUUCUUCUAUUUUCCAAUAAAAGUAGCCCGGGUCCACUCUCUUAGUAGCCGGGGAAAAUCCCCGGCCCCCGGCUCUUAAUGACAACCCUGUUUGGGCUGCCAAAAAAUAUAAUUCUGAAUCUGUGACCUAAUUUCCAUGGUUUUUAACCCCAAUUCAGUUAAACAAAGACUGAUAAUUUGCUUUUCAUAACAUACUGAUUAAGGGCUAACCUGAGAAAAUUGCUGUCUUUUUAAAAUGCCAACACUGGUUCCCCUGUGAAAUGACGUCCGCAGAACGAGCAGAGAUAUUUCUUACUGAUGACAUGUCACUACCCAGGUACGGUACUAUGACUAGUGCUUCUGAUUGGUUGAAGCAAAUUCCUUCCUUGGCACAGCCAAUCAGAAGUACGAGCUAGAUCUAAGAGAUGACACUUCAGUAUGGAAUUUAUAUAUAUGGAGUCUAAUUCCAAACAUCAUUUUGUGCAGAAACCAACAUUGGCAUCUCAAAAUGUUGGCUCCUUUAUCAAGCAAAUUCAAAGCUGGAAAUUUUACAUUUAUCUGGUUGACAUUUUUGUGUUACAUUUAGGAUGUUGACUCCUCAGCCAUUAUCUGGGGUGUUGGAAGCAACAGCUUGCAUCUUCCUGUACCCACAACGUGUCCAGAGGGUUUCAAGCUACUCAUGAAAAUUUGCUGGUAGGUUGAAAAUUAAACACAUAUGUUCUCUUUUUGAAUGAAUUUUGUUUGAUUGUUUGUUAAAGUUAUUUUGUUUUGUUGGUUAUUUCUACUGAGAUUGAAGUUUUUUAAUACACAGCUGAUUCCAAGAAAAAUACGUAAAUCUUUCAUCAAAGUUUACCCACAAGAAAAAAGGCCCAAAAACGGAAUCAUCUGUGUAAUAAAAGAUAUAUAAUUAUAUUUGCACGCACAGCGAAAGCAAGAUUGGUGGUCAAGUCAAAAACAAAUUUUUGAGGAGUUUUUUUUUCAUUUUACUUUAUUCGCCAGCAAGCAAACAGUUUGAUUAUUUUCUAACACCAGUUUUUAUCCGGAAAUGUGUUUUCUAGGAACAGCAAGCCCAAGAAUCGUCCAUCAUUCCAACAAGUACUUCUUCAUGUUGAGAUUGCUGCAGGCGACGUUCUUAAAACACCGCGAGAAAUUUACCUCAACCAGCAGGUAACAAACUCAAUGAUUUUUUGUUCUCAUGCAUUUAAAACUCAUUUUCAUGAGAAAGGUUUUGCACUUUAGCCCCGUUUUGAAAGUGAGAGUUUUUGGAACUCGGAAAUGGUUUAUUAUUUCAUUUGUUAAAGAUAACAUGGAGAGGUGAAAUCAAGGAGGAAUUUGAGAAAAUGAAGAACAGAAGCAGUGCACACAUGCAGAACCUUCAUCAACUGCAUCAACUGGACGAGGAACUCAUAAGAAGAAGGAAAGAGGAAUUGAGGUAACAAUAUUACCAUUUACUACGAGCAAGAAAAAAUCUAUAAAACAAAUACAUACGGGCCGAUGAAACACGAAGGAGUUUAAGCUCGUUAAGGGCUUAUAUGAUAACGCAAACCCUGAACGAAAAAAAAAAACGAAAAAAGCAAAAACGCCAAAAAUGAUAGCAAUAAGAAAAUAAAUAAUAAUGGACGACCACCGAAAAUGGCGGAAUACAAAGUUCAAAAUGAGCAAAUGAACAAAUCUCGUUGCCUCGAAUUAUCAAAAAAGAACUAUUCACGUCCUUGCGACUAUUAAAUCUCUGUAAUAACUAAACAUUUUCGCGCAAAUGGACCGAAACGGGAGAACCGAAAACUGUAGCAAAUGUAUCGAAACCCAAACAAACCACAAAAGUCGGACGUUCAUAAAAUGAAAAAGCCGCCUAACAAGAACAUAAAGGAAGAAGAACAUUGAAGUUGAGAAACCGUAAAUUUUAAGAGCGAAAAGCUGGAAACCGACAUAUGAAAUGGCAUAAAACGCAAAAAAGCCGACAAGCUAAAGCGCUCUCAAUAGAAAAAGUAAAAAAACUAUGAAACACACCCACAAUAGACAGGAUGUUUACCGUCAUCGUUUUGGCACGCUUUUUCUGUAUUUGCAGACAUGCACGGGACAUCCGAGUUCACUAUGAGCAAAAGCUGGAAAGAGCGAACAGUUUAUACCAGGAACUGAAUGAAUGCAUGCAGCAUUUGGAGGCGAGAGAAAAAGAACUUGUUAGGUAAGUAGUAAGGACUCCUAGAAUCUGUUAAAACUGAGUAUUAAAGAUAUGGUUAUAAAAUUAUAUUUGGCUGUUACUGCAGAAACUUUAAACCACUGUAAUUGUAUGUUGACCUUUCAGCAAAUCGCCAUUUUUUCACAUAGAACCUCUGUUACAUGUUAAAGUUGUCACGAAGACCUUUUUCGACUCGUGUCAAGUUUGUGUGAAAUUGAGUUUUGCGUUUGUCUUCUCCCUUCGUGGUUAGAGCUCAAAAUGACUCAGAUGACAUUGGACAGUUUUCAUUGAAGUUUUCCAAAUAUGUAGUCUGCUACACAGCCGUUAGUGAGGAGGAGCGUUGCGUGACGGCACUAAAAACGGCUGUGUAGCAGACUACCAAAUAUGCAGAGCUAAAAAAAAUCCUGAAUUCCAGCUUUUUGGUGUAAGCAGCUCUCAUAUUUUUCUCGUUGACGCCCCCGUUAACAAACUAACCAUGAGACUGACUAGCGACGGAAACAGAAACCCAAGCCAGAAAGAACCUCAGCUCGUAAGGUACUUCGUGCUCGUCAAGUUAAUGAUUUUGUUUGAAGAUGAGCUGUCUGGACCAAGAGCCCAGAGCCAGACCCAAAUCCUUGCUAUGUUGGUUUUAGCGGGGCUGCUACGCUUUGUGACUGGAAUAAAAAUUUGGCGCGAAUUUUGUCACAGACUUGCUUCCGUGCUUUUUCCCGCGCUUGGAACCCGCCUCGCAUUUAAAACUAUUUGGGAACGAUUCUGAUUGGCUUAUCUUGUUGCCUGUGUUCAAUAGUUGUAAUUGGUCAGAGUCGAGUCAGAGAGUACUGAUUACAGUAAAAGCGCAAUAUAACGAAGUCCCCGGUAUAACAAUCGAUCUGUUCCGCGAAAAUUCAGCCUCUGCUCGCAGGGUGUGUGCUUCGCCACUACAGUUACAGCAAAUUAUAUGGGAAAGAACCCGGAUAUAAGGAAACCUCGUUUAUAUAUUGAAUAUAUUGUGCCUGUCCCUUGGCCCUUCGAUAUAUCGAGGUUGCACUGUACGUGGUCUUUGGUUGCACAACACUGAAAUAAAAGCCACUUUUUAGUACCGUCUUGAUGACCCCGCUAAGUUAUAGGUACCUUAAGAUCCGACGACGGCGACGGCAACGAGAACGUAAAACAGUAGGUUUAAAAACCAAAACAACAAUUUUGCACGUGCAUCACCCUUUUUUGUACUUUUAUUUGCCGUCACUGCACGACUUCGACGUGAAAAUUCUAUUCUCUUUCUCUUUCUGAAAUGGGUUUUGCUUCUUAGGAAUUCAACUCCAGAAGAGUUCACCUGCAUUUGACAAAGUAAUUGAGUGGGAAUAAUCGCGAAGACGAUUGAAAGAACAUGAAUUCACUUUUUAAGCGACGUUUCCGCCGUCUUCGGAUAAGGUCCCUUGUGCUAGAGGUUUAAUACACAAGCAGGCUUGCUGGAUAACCUUUCAUUUUUCAUUGAUUGUUGUAGACGAGAACGUCAGCUUAAAGUUGUAAAUAGCAAAAAGAGACCGAUUAAACCAGAGCUGAAGUCACGCACUGCUGAGGUUGAAAAAGUCUUAAACAGUCAGCUUUCCCUCAAGAGGGAAACAUCAUCAAGUUGGUAAGUUCUAAAAAUGAGAUAACUCACCUUUUGAAACCGCAGAUUUCACUAGUGUGUACGAUACGCGUACGUUUGUGCGUAUGUCACACGUCCUGCGGAUCAAAAAUGCCGAUCACACACACACAGUAAAAUUUCACACGCAUAGCGCACUAUUCCGAACUACUUUUUCCGUAACCAUUAACGUGAAAAAUCGACCAAAUAGGUAAUCUCGCCCAGACAUGCGUGAUCUCGGCAAGAUCUUAUGAUAUCUAGCCUCAGUAAUCUUUGGAAAUCUUCGGAGAAUCUAUGGUUAUGUUCGGAAGGUCGUCGUGACGUCUUCGGUACCGUUCGGAAAUCGUCGGAUUUUGUAGGAAAUUCGGACAAAUGUGCAUUUGACUUGGGAAAAGUUGGUAGGUUUAUAGCGAAGAAUGAUAGAAUGGUCCGUAUUUUGGUGUUAAUUGCAUGUUUUUGUUUAGUCCUAACACCUCAAGUAGCUCCAGUAGUCCCACUGAUCGCACUAGCUGGGCUCAGGAGGCCGACAGCGAUGAACAAGACAAGCAAAGCUACACCAAAAGAAUGAAAAGAGCCCGUAGCUGCCUCAGCAAAUCAAAACGCCGUCGAUCACCGGGGACACCAUGGGCCGUUCCUAAGGACUUACACGAAAAUACGAACGUUCAUUCAAGUCGUACAAAGUGUUUUUAUUACCAGGAUGAGCCAACAAAGGAUGUCCUGUCAUGGCCCCAUACUAAAGAAGUACCGUCAUGUAGUUGUAGUGACAGUGACCAGGAAGUACCUCAGUGCAGGUGUCCUGUGGAUGAGUGUCCGAACACCACAGGGACCCCUGUCAGUUUUCAAGGAAGGAAAGCGAAAAGAAAAAAACAAUGGACUUCAAACUCAGAUAGCUCAGACGAGAUUAAGCGCAUAUCAAUGCCGGGGAUGUCUUCUGGUGAGAUUUCGGAUCUUGAGCCCCAGUUUAUUCCCGAUUUGACGAACGAUUCUAUGGAGUUCACGGACGAGGAGCGGUUUAAGAACGUCAUCCUGCGAUUCUCCCAAUCUUCACUUGAAGAAGAGGUAAAUGUAACUCACUUAGGGUUAAGGUGCUUGUCAUUUGAAUGAGACCUUUUCUGUACACCAGCAAAAACGUAAACAGGAAUGACAUGUUUUGCCAAGUACAAUCCACUAAAAUGGCCGCAAUUUUAGAUUGUAUCCACAGACUCAAAAGUCAGAACCACCUUUUGCAGCAUAAUAAACAGUACCACAGAAAAGUACUGCUCAGUAGCUUUCAUUUGAAUGGUUAGACCAUAGGACUUCAUCCACAGACUCAAAAGUUAGAACCACCUUGUACAGCAUACUAAACAGUACCAAAGGAAAGCACUGCUCAGUAGCUUUCAUUUAAAUGGUAACACCAUAGGAUUUCAUCCACAGACUCGAAAGUUAGAACCACCUCGUACGGCAUAAUAAACAGUACCACAGGAAAGUACUGCUUAGUAGCUUUCAUUUGAAUGGUCACACCAUAGGAUUUCAUCCACAGACUCAAAAGUUAGAACCACCUUGUACAGCAUAAUAAACAGUAUCACAGGAAAGUACUGCUCAGUAGCUUUCAUUUGAAUGGUCACACCAUAGGAUUUCAUCCACAGACUCAAAAGUUAGAACCACCUUGUACGGCAUAAUAAACAGUACCACAGGAAAGUACUGCUCAGUAGCUUUCAUUUGAAUGGUCACACCAUAGGAUUUCAUCCACUGACUCAAAAGUUAGAACCACCUUGUACGGCAUAAUAAACAGUACCACAGGAAAGUACUGCUCAGUAGCUUUCAUUUGAAUGGUCACACCAUAGGAUUUCAUCCGCAGACUCAAAAGUUAGAACCACCUUGUACGGCAUAAUAAACAGUACCACAGGAAAGUACUGCUUAGUAGCUUUCAUUUGAAUGGUCACACCAUAGGAUUUCAUCCACUGACUCAAAAGUUAGAACCAUCUUGUACAGCAUAAUAAACAGUACCACAGGAAAGUACUGCUCAGUAGCUUUCAUUUGAAUGGUCACACCAUAGGAUUUCAUCCACUGACUCAAAAGUUAGAACCGCUUACUCUUCUCCAAGUUUGACGUAGCCUUUAAUUGGGAUUAAAAGGGUUAACAGUCGAGUUUAUCUUCUCGUAAUUUACCUUAAUUACUUAUGUUCGUACUUGUCUUUUUUAUUCACAGUCUUGUGUUCAAGGAAAUGAUAACAUAAAGGAAACAACAGUCGGUGAUCAGAGGGGACCCUAAAAAUAUAAUAUAGUUUGUUACAAGGAAUUAUAGCAAGUUUAUUGCUAGGCAAAGGAUGGUCAACAAUAUUUCACUAGAAAUUUCGUUUAAUACUAAUAUUAUUAUAUGGUUGUUGAGAAUUAUUUUCCCGUCAAAUAAAUCAUUAACAAUAGUGUGGGAUCCCACACGAGGAAGUGUAUAAUAUUCAUUUAUUCAUUUAUGGUACAAAGUUUAUUAUAAAUUAUUGAUUCGCUGCUGGGCAGCGGUUGUGAAUAUAAGUCAGGUACAAUACUUGUAAAGAUCUCCCCGCAAGCCAAACCAAAAAUCCAAGAGUACAUUCCAGAUAUUCGAGUAAAGUGUCGUUUAGUUUAACCUUGGUAGUUGAAACACAAUAGGAAAGAGAACUGUGACGUC